UAGAAGAGAACAUGGCUGAGCUUCAAGGGGUGCUUAAGCCACACAGAGCUGCAUACCACUACUUGGAAGUUGUAGAAAAGUACCCAAAGGUCCUAGUAAAAAGGAAGGAUUAUAGCAAAUUACUAUCAAAGGAGUCAGCCGAAUACUACAAGAAAAACGUGAAGUGCCAGGACACACAUCACCUAUGUGCACUUACAAAGGGCCAGUCUAUGAACCUAAGGUGGCACCGAGAACGACGAGUGCAUAUAACGUAUUCUAUGGCGCACACAAUACUGAGAACGAGAAAGGCCCCUGCUGACUUAUUAAACACACUACUGAGAACGACAAGCUUUUCAUCGGAAGCCACAACAUAUGGCAUAAAGAUGGAAGCACUUGCCCGGAAGGAGUUUCAAGAUAAAGUUUCUGUACAGGUUAUAGAAGUACCACACGAUAUCCUUCUUUGAAUUAUAACUAAGCAGAUUAGUAUAAUUAA